GUCUGCUGGAAAAGCGCUUCGCGUAUGGACCUGAAGUGAAAAACAAACUCUUGGUGAUAAAAUAUAUUUAUUUGUGGAAGAAUCUCAGAUUUUUCAUGUGUUUUGUUGAUUAAUGUGAGCGAAGCCAUAAUUAUUGCACUAGCAUAGUGUUUUUGGGGGAUUCAGUCGAUAUCUUGCCCUAAGCCAUGGCAGAAGAGGAAGACAGGGCAACUCGUUACGAAGAUGUGUGGAAUCGGGUCAAGGUUUAUAUCCCGUUUUUGCAAGAGCUGAUAAGUUUCUACAAAAAUGAUUCUCAUCAAAAUCGGCAGCAACAGCUGCAGAAAAUAAUAACGAUUUAUGAUCUGCUCACCAACCAAAGAUUGAAUUACCUGUCUUUGUGUAAGUGUGAGAAGGUGUUGAUCAAAUUGUAUGAAACGAAUCCUUUGAGGAAAGCAGGAGAAUCAUCAACAACGGAUGAAUCUGGAUCCUCAACAAAAAACCAAAGUGAUGGAGACAGUCCGGCAUCUCCUGGUGAUUCAGACGCACUACCUGGAUCGGACCUGUUACUUGAACGAAGAACUGAAGAGGAUAUUCCCAUAGCAUCGGAUUCUCAAGCUAAACCGGGUACUUCAGCAAAACCAGCUUCGUCAUUCGAACUGGAUUCUCCAGCAGAACCAGACACACCGGCUGAACCGGACAGCCCAGCUGAACCGGAUACGCCAGCCGAACCGGACACUCCGGCUGAACCGGACACGCCGGCCGAACCUGAUUGCUUUGCCAAUUCAGAUUCGAUUUUGGAACCACUAAGUCCAGAAACGGAUAAUGAUGAACUCUGGGAUGACCCGCAACCAAAAAAUAGAAGAAAUAUUGCAAACAAGCCACCAUUGUCGUUAGAUGAAAUUACUAGACUGAUUACGAGUGAAUCGAAACCCGGUGGAACGAAAAGUCGCAGCAGCAGCAACAACUUGUCCAAGGUUAUCAACGAUACUUUGAAAGUUUUCCAAAAGCCUACAUUCGACGAACAUGCUCGUAAUCCUUCACCACCGUACGAGAACUCACAUCAAGGUCGGAAUGUGAAUGUUCCUUACUCUCCAACUUAUUCACCGCAAAUUUCCACAAACCAUGGUGCGCGUUGGGAGGCUGAGAAUGAUGCUUUUGGCGUCUUCCCGCAUCCAGUGAAUAGUUCAUAUCGCAACUACUCCGGGCGCAAUAGUAAUAAUAUUGACCUAACACCCCGACCACAGUCACCUCCCUUGUACCGUCGCAGGGAUGAUAUAAAACGCUUCCAUGAUGAUCGUAUGGAUAUCUCUCCGACGUAUUCUUCACCUUCAGACAACCGAGCACCUAGUGGGACAGCUCCUGCUGUUAACAUGAAGGAUCCCCGAAUCAGAAAAGCAGUCGAAAGCAACAUGCACGUGCAUUCUCCUGAGCCCUUGGGGCCAGAUAGAAUGAAUCCAUUUUUCCCAACUAUGAAGGCCAACGAUCCGCGUUUGAAUCGGGUAAAUGUUUCAAUUCCUCCGGCACCUACACCGAAUGAGCUGCCACGGUGUGUAGCUCCAAACCCGAAUCUGCCCCUGGACUUACCCAAAAAAGAUCCCCCUAAACGGCGUCUGAGCAUUUGUGCAAAUCAGGUAAUCAUCGAGGAGAUACCUCCAGAACCUGUUAUGCUGCCACCCAGGUCGUUUCCGGUUCGACGACAGAGCAUUUGUGGGGAUUUUAACGUCAAUCGAAAUAAUGAACCUUUCCAUGGAACAUCAUUCCUACCGGCACCACCUCCGAUGCAGUCAAUGGUUACACAGCCGAUGCUACCGCCCAUGCUACCUCCUCCCCAUCCGCCACAGCCACCGCUUAUGUUACCUCAUCCGCAUUCGCCACAUCCCAUGCAACCGCCCAUGCUACCUCCUCAGCAGUCUAUUCCAGUUAUAGUCACCCCACAAUCCAUCGAAGCUCCUUCGGUGGCCGAAAGAGAUCCACGGCGGAAGCACUUGCCACCUGGGGCUGAAUACAUGCAAAUUCACCGCCAAAAUCAACAACCAUCCAAUCGCUUUCAGUACGCACCAUCUGGACCCAGCAAGGCACCGCUCACCUACCUAGAAUACCGCCGUCAGAAAGAGAUCGACCAAAAACACCGCAAAGAUCAAAACAAACCGAAAAAUUGCAGUUCGGAAAAAGUCGAUAAGGAUAAACAAAACAGUGCGGAGAAAGAGCAGGUCAAACAAAGCGAGGAAAUCGAUAUUACUAUAGGAAUGAUUCCGAACAAGAAUCGAGUAGCUGCAAAGGCAUACGCAAAACCGGCAAAGUUUUGCCCGCCGAAAGAGCGCCGUUUUUCUCCGGCCAUGAAGGAAAAGUCUCGCACGGAUUCCAAAUUUACCACGAAGUCACAUAAGUAUGAUUCCCCUUCUACGUCGCAGAAGACAGAUAAAAGGCGAGAGGAAUCGGAAAAGGACAAAAUUAAACCCGUACCGAAGGCCAAGGAUCUCUUCGGUGAGCAGCUAUCACAAUUUGACAAGAUGUACCGCAGUGGCGACUUUUCGAAAAAAGCCGCACCAUCGUCUGGAAUUGGAGGAUUUAAGAUUCCCAAAAUAAAGCGAGUUGAGAAACCCAGUGAACCGAUUAUCAAACCAGUAGAAGCAGUACAACACACGAGUCAACGUAAGGAAAAGUCGAAGAGCAAGUCACCGGAACCGCCGAAGAGUAUGGUGCAAGAUGAUGACGACAUGUGGGAUAGUGAGAUUGACAAGAAGUCCACUGAGACCAGACAACAGGAUAAGGAAAGUCCGAAAGAUAAGAAUACGUCGCUGAAAUCUCUCCAAGAUGACGACUUCUGGGACACAGAACCAAGUGGACCGGUGAAUGAACCGGAACAGGUAGCUCCUUUGAUUGAUGGUACCAUUACUUCAACUGCUACAGCUGCUACGGUAACGGAAAUUGCGGAAGGCGGCGGUGAUAAGCAAAAGGAAACCACAAUUGAAAAACCGCAAGAUGUGUUCCAGAUUCCGAGCUUACCGGCUCCUCGUCGAACACUGCGCAGAAGAAAUUCGGUUGCGGUUCACUACAACGAGAUCGACAUGCGGACUAAAUUAACUGUACAAGCAAUUGUUGCGCCAACCAGAAUCAGCACACGUCGUAACUCGGUUGCGGUCUCUCAAUUGGAGGACGAUGGCAGAAAUGCGGAAAAGGUUGAGAAGGAAUUGUCGUCGGGUAAGGAAGAGACUGAACCAGAAGAAGACAUCGUUGUCCGACCGCGCCGGACUCGUAAGCGAAAGCCUGUUAUUGAAGACGACGAUGAGGAUGCAUGUGGUGCUAAUGCGGACGCUGAAUCGAAGGAGCAGCAGUCUUCGGAAUCGGAUGUGGCAGCAGAGGGCAGUACAGUGCAAGAAUCAUCAAUGGCUACGGCGAAGGAGGACAGUAGUGAUAACGUUGUGUCUAGCACAACUACUGAUACGACAGCCAAGAAACGUAAGCGAGGUCGAAAGAAGAAGGGAUCGGCGACGUUAAUUAACGAAGGAGAUGUAUCGAGUGAUGCCAGCCAUGAUAGGUCAACUGAUGUUGAGUUACCCGUCGAAGCAAGCUCAAGUGCUAUUAAGGACGAACAACUUGUCGAUGUUGAAGAAGAUCCGUGUACCAGUGAAGCAGCGAGAGAAGCAAAGGAGGAAAGAGAAAACAAAGAAAUGGUGGAAGGUUUACUCAAGGGCUCGACAAAUCCAGAUAACAAAGUUAAAUUGUUGGAAAUGUUGAGCAAAAUACUAGAUGAGAAGAAGCUGAAAAAAAUUCAGGAGAUUAUAGAGAGCCCUAGUGAUAAACACAUUGCUAGCGAGUCGCUUGAAUUGCUAGCAGCGAACGCCGUUGCAGAAAAUGUUGCAGAAGGAAACCGCGAACGCACAGCAUCCACGUCAAUAAGUUCAACGAACGAAGCCUGUGAGAAGGAAAAAGCAUCUGCUAAAGGCAGAAAGACCGAACUGGACAAGUUAAACGAAGAUAUUGCCGAGAUGUUCAUUAGAGAUGGUGUAUUGAGCGCAACCGGACGGAGGAGCUGUACCAAAAGGCAGAGCUUUGUUUCUCCAGUUAAGCGUGCUAAGUCGAGGAAGUCGUCUUCUGCCCCAGUCGUACUGAAUCUCAAGAAAGGUAUGGAAUUCAAACUGACUGAAAAGGUUCAUUUGAAACGCUUGAGAGUGGUUGUUCAAAAAGUUGAUUUGUCUACAGUUGACCUACUAGUAAAUCCUAAACCGAAGACGGGAGUAGACAAAAGUGCGACCAUUUACGAAACCGAAGAUGACGUGGCAUCCAUUGCAUCGAGCGGAACGUCAGUUUCACCGAGAUCUAAGAAAAAGAAAAGAGGUGGUUGGGCGUCUGGUACGGUUCCGAAAAGGAAGAAAAAGCCGGAAACGAAGCAAGCUCCUUCAUCUCCGCCGAAAACGUACGCACCGAAACCAGUGACCAAGAAUGUGAACAAAGAGUUGCACUGCAAAAGCGAUAAAGUCAAAGAUUGUGCGUUGUGUUCGUAUGUUGGUCCGCUGAGUGGAAUUGUUCAACACUAUGUCCGUAACCAUCCGUUACACGAGGUAUACGUUAGCCGUAUCCCAAACGAUGUAGCUGUUAAGCUGAAAAAAGAGCCACUGUUGGUGACAGGCACUAUGAGCGACCAGAAUAUAACAUUCAAAUGUAUUUUCUGCCAGGAAGUCCUCAGCAAGAAAAAGUACAACUGGAAACUACAUUUGGCCAGUCAUACAGGCGAGUAUAGGUACAAAUGUAACAACUGCACCAUCAAAUCGUUGGUACCGAGUACCAAUGCACACGACAGCGAAUGUGUUGGCCCAGCAAUGGACGUUACGAAUGAUGUGAUGUUCAAGGAGAAUCACAUUCACGGUUAUAUGUGUCGGUUGUGUAAUUUCGUUCAACUGUCACGACCAAAAGUGGAUGCCCAUAUGAAAGAGGAGCACGAUCGCACCGUUUCUGGUAACGGCAUACUACGGUUUAGUAUUUUGAACUACGAAGAAAAGUUGGAAUCGAAGUCGAACGAUACCUUGGAGUCGGAUAUUUCGAUGCCGGAGCUUACUCCACAGGCCGCAAUCCCCAGCCAAACCAAUAUGUCCGCUUUCAUUUCAAGUGCAAACGAUGAAAUCGAAUCACUGAAGGUGCUCAAUGAUCGUAACUUUGUAUCACCUUCAAAACCGUCGAUUAUCGACAAGCUGAAGAAGAAUUUAGAUGAAAUUAUGAGAAAGGAUGCAGAGAAAGCUAAAGGUGAUGAAGACGAGUGGGAAGAUAUUGAAUCGCCUCCCAAAGCGACACAACCGCAAAAAGUUGCUCCGAAGCGCGUUGAAAAAGUCAAACGAUCGCUGGCAGGUGCCGCAGUAUUGUCCGAUGACAUUCCAAUGCCAACGCCACUUGAUAUGAAGAAAGAAAACGUCGAUAUUUUUGAGCACAAACAAGUGGUUUCAAAUAUUGGUUACAGUAAAAUCAACGAGAAGAUCUGGUACCUAUGCUUGAUUGAAGACUGUAAAUAUGCAAGCCAAACACGAUCGGAGAUGUACUCCCACGUGGAGGAACAGCAUGGAAGCAUUGUUUGGGAUGGAUACUGUUACCUGUGCACGGCUCAGGUUUUGAACGAGGAGUCCGGUGUUUUGGCAAAGGAGGUUAAGCACAUGGCGGUUAUCCAUAUUAAGGAUCGAACUGCAUUUGAUGAGCUCAAUGAACCACCGUUAACUAGUUCUUCGUCAAAUUUGAUCGACGAUCGACCAAUGUUGAAAUUGCGUAGGUUUUCCGGAGAUAAGCUCUCGAUCGGUACUGCCGAAGAAUCGAUUAAUCUGAAACCUUGGCUCCAGUCACCAGCGGUAAAAAAUCGCGCCCAUUGCCUAAACAUGCUGGAGCAGAAAAGCCUAUUUUGUUUUUACAAAUGCAUGGGAGAGAGUUGCUGUUUUACUACUACGAUCGAGACACAAAUGGAGAAGCACAUCGAUAACCAUGAACUGGUUGGAGAUAUAUCCGGAGCUGGAACGUUGAAAAGCUGGUUAGAGUGCGCUUACUGUCACAUCGUUGCCGAAGGAAAGAUUGAUUUGUUGCGCCAUUUGAGGGUCGUGCACACUGGAAGUGCAUAUCAAUGCGCCUAUUGCUUCUACCGAAGCCGGGAGGCGUAUAAUGUGGUGCUACAUCAGAAGCUGCACCAUGAAAACGAGAAGGCUGCAGUGUUGGUGUACGAGGCUGACAAGCGACCGUUGACACCCGCGGACUAUGAACGUCUCAAUCGUAGACCGACAGAAAACAUCAUGCAGUUGAUCUGUACAGUUUGCAACGCGGAAUAUUGCGUUCUUGAUGCGUACAUGGCUCACCUCAAGGAUGACCAUGCCGAUGUGACCACGAUUGUGUGCCAGUGCUGCAGGGAAACCGUCCAGAAGCUCAAAAUUCCGCGCCAUCUGCUGCAGCACAAUAUCGGCAUAUACGAAUGCAUCUACUGCCAGUAUGGCAGCAAUACGAUGGAAGCGGUGCAAGCUCACGUGUGUAAUCGACACCCACAGGAGCCGCUGUUCUGUUGUAUUCGCUACAACAAGACGCCCGGAAAGGUCAAGGAAGCAUCGCUUAAAUCCCUCUAUGAAAUGAGCGUCGAUGAAGAUGCCUUAGUCUACUGCAGUUUCCAGCUGGAGGAACUCAACUACAAGUCACCGGAUACGAAGAGCAAUCAUGAUAUAAAUUUCACUGCUAAGCCGGGAGUGAUUCCGUUGCAACUUCCACCAAUCCGCAUCGGUGACACCAACAUUUUCCUAAGUGCUCAGAUUCCAUCGUCAUCGUCAUCUACGGAAACGUCCAACCAAUCGGUUUUCGUUACUGCCAAAACAGCUGAGAUCAUCAAGAUGCCGAUGAUAUCGUCGGUUUCCGGUGGUGUUUCGCUGUCAGGAACCUCAACAGUACCGAUCAUCACCGCCGUUCAGGGAAAUUAUCAAGGACCAACAUCGACGGGUUCAUCACCGUCACUGGUUAUGCCGGUGAUAUCACAUGUGGUUGGAGGUGCCAACGUAUCGAAUUUGCCCAUCAUUACCAGGGUUGAAGGUGGUGUCUCUGACGUUGCGAGAUUGAAACCAGCUUCCUCCUUGGUAGGUACCAAAAUCAUAAUUUCACCGAACAAGGGGGGAUCUGGCAUCCCUAUCAUUACUAACGUCUGUAGUAUUGGUCCUUCGAAUCAUCAGGUCCAAACUCCAAGAGAGGACGAUGCCAUCAUGCUGGAGGCAGAACGAAUUGCUAUGGAGAUGAUCAAAGAUACUGGUCUACCGAAAAGUAUCAUCUACAAGUGUAUCUUCAAAGGUUGUAAUUCGGUACUGCCGGAUGGGACCGGAAUGCGAAAACAUUUGACCUUCUCCCAUUUGCCAGCUGGUUCUUACGUUUGUAGCCACUGCAAAAGCAAGCCUUCGUUCCAGAAUGUCAUGUCUUUUACCCAGCAUCUAAAGACACACGAAGCUCAACGAAUUUUCUGUUUCAUGUGCGAUUACAAGGGUUCAUUCCCACCGGAGGUGAUCAAACAUGUGAAGGAUGUUCACAAAACUAGUAAGCCUACCAUCCUGUUCCUAAACCCAAAGAAAAAUGACCCGAACAACGAUAUUAUAUUAUUUGCACCGGGAAUUCCGACGGACGCCGAGAGAAAAGCUUACUACAGAAAGUUAAUCGACCUGUAUAACCAUAAGCUGCAAGCGGCGCUGAUUCAUCUGAAGACCCAUUUCGCUCCGGAAGAAUGCGAAAGCCUCCCAAAACAGGCAAUAUUCAGUCAAACGGUAUUCUGCAGUAAGUGCCAGUACAGUACCAAAGUUAGACUGAACAUGUAUCGGCAUUUGAAGGGUCACUUGAACGAUAUGCCUGUUUCGAACAUGGAUCCCAAAAAUCCAGUACCUUGCUGGGGGCAAGGAGAAAAGCAUUUUGAUCGAAUGAGAAACCCCGCUGCCAGUUCGCAAGAGGACGACGAUCUGAUCCAAUCGUUAUGCUUCGUACAGGAGAACAAGCGGUUCAUCUGUGGGGCACCGGAUUGUCGUUAUUUGACGAUCAAUGAAGAAAUGUUGAAGAACCAUCUGAGCACCUUGCACAUGGAUGUCAAAGAAUACAAGUGUCCUCACUGUCCAGCGGUGCACAUCUUUUCCGGUCAACUGAAUGUGGGCAAAGUUUUGGAACAUUUGAAACUGCACGAUAAGGAGCUAUACCGCUGUAGCAAAUGUAGCAUUUUCAUGAACAAAAAGAAAGAAUUGGAGCAACAUGUAGACGAAAAACACACAGCGCAAAACGCAGCUAUCUACGUGAUCCGAGAUGGGAGCACUGCCGGCAGUGCUUCAUCAGCUGGCAUAGCCGAAGAUGGUGUAGUGUUCAAAUGGAAGUGCGACGUUUGCAAGUUCAAGAGUCCAGCGAUAGCCGAAAUGCGGUUGCACAUGCAGGAGACUCACAACAUUACCGCCAAAUAUCGUUGCUCGAGAUGUCUGUACAGUUGUUCGAAUAAGUCGCUUUUCACCAUUCAUUUCGAAAAACAACAUCCUGGAUGUGAGAUUGUCAUCAUAUCGCUGUAUAAAGCCAUCGAAGGUGACGAUAGUCGAGCGGACACAACACCCCUGUGGCGAAGAGAAACAAGCAAAACUCGAAGCAUCAGAGGAAUUCUGGUGGAAGACGAAAACGAGGAUGAAGAUGAACCGAACUCUACAGAUGUGGCGACAAUAUCGGGGGAGCCUCAACCUGGACCAAGUGGACUUAACAUCACCAGAAAGCGCAAAAGUACUGAAAACGAUGAAUCAGAAGUUUUGGCGAAACGGGCCAAAGAAGAAGAUUCGGCAGUGCGGGCAUUCAAAUGUGGCUUCAAAGGGUGCAACUAUGUAAAUGAUUUUGGAGCUGGGAUUGUGAGCCAUUUCCGAACGGCACAUCCUUACGAAAAACCAUCUGUACUGAGAAAUGCCCUAGCCAAUCCGGAGCAGUCCCGGUUCGACUAUUUCAUGAAGUAUGCUUGCUUCUAUUGUGUAAAAAAAGCGGACACGAUCCAAGAUUUGGUUAUGCAUUGGCGACAGAUACACAAAAUGGCAGGCCGGCGCAGUCAAGAUAAGCCUUUCCUUUUCCGUGCAUCAAAGAUCAUUUUGUGCUUCUAUUGUCGUAAAGGAGCUGUGAUGCCUGAAAUGAAAUCACAUUUCACCUCUUACCAUCCGGGAAAUCAGCCAAUCUAUCUCGAUUUUCGCAAUCCGAAACGUUGUGCUGAAUGUGAUUUCAUGAUGGGAGCGGAUAAGCAGGAAAUGGCCCAACAUUUCGCUAAGGAGCAUAAGAUCGAGAACGAAUACGCUAACGGUUGGAUUGAUUUUCUCACCGACGAUGUCGUGGAAAAAAUUCUUCAGCUGAACAGUGUAGUCUACCGUUGUGAAAAAUGUGACUUUUCCAGCGACAACAAGACAGAUUUUACCAUCCAUUAUGCAACCAAGCAUCCCGGCCUUCGAGUGGAGUUCAACGAGUACGAAAUGGAAAAGACAAUAACCUACUAUUGCGUGUUCAGCAACUGCAAAUCUAGCUGGAACUCCCCAGAGGACCUGGCUCAACACAUCCAAUAUCACAUCCCACUGUUCAAAUGUAUGUGCGAUACGGUACAGUGUUCGGCCCAGUUCCGGUCAUUCGUCAUGCUUCUGGAGCAUUUCAAUUCAACGCACCCUCAGCACAGCCUUCAAUAUGCGUUGAAAUCGCCGGAGGAGUACAAGGCGGUCCUACGGUCGAUAAACAUCCAAUUCUGGAACGGAUUUAUGAUGACGUUGGAUGAUGCACGACGUGCUGGAAAUCGGUAUGGCAGCCACGACUACUUUUUCAAAUACAUUGAUGAGCUCUGCGCCAAAUCAGUGGCUGCAGCUAUACCAACGCCAUCUCUCUCAAACUAAAUCUGUUACUAUCAAGCAAAGAGGUACCAAAUAAAAAAACGCAACAGGUACCGCUUACAAAUAGUAGAUAUAAGAAUGCAACAAAGAAAUGCAUAGAGAACGAAUGAUAUCACCAUCCUUGUGGAACGCUUUGUUCCCAUACUGAUGUUUAGCAACUAUUGAGCUAUGCACUGUUUGAUCUUUUGGCCUAUGUCUUAUUUUUAUGUGGUAAAUUGGAAUCCAACUUAGUAAAUAACUGGAGCAUCAUAUAUUAUCCAUACUCCCCAAAUUAAUUACAAAAUAUUGCAUCACAAGGGAAUCUUAAGGUCUAUUUAUGGUUCUUUACUGUUCAACCGUUACAAAAUAUCUUCCUGUAUUUUUCUUGAAAAUAAACAAAUUGUUUUACUGGAUAUAGGGGAAAUUGAUGUAAUGUCGGCCUAAAUGCCCCUAAUUUAGGCCCAUACAUAAAGUCAGCAAUCGACUGAAGUUUCAAUAGCGACCAAAAAUAUCCAUUAGUACCGUCCCAAUGACGCGUUUAUCUAGAUAAAAUUGACAAAUAGCAUUUAUUUAGCAAUAUGGGCCCAAUCUUAGAUCCAUAGGCCAACAUUAGAACCAUUUCCCCUACGUAAGUAAUUUUCAUUCUUCAUUUAGACAACAAAAGUCCGAUGAAGAGAAUAAUAAAUAAAUAAAUUGGUGUAUAAUAGUGCUGAAUAUGACGAAUUGAAGGCGAGGGCAAUUGAAAACGAUUCAUGGAACAGGUGUUGACAGCCAUCAAUCUUGGUGAACGCGUACUUUAUCCGUAUAUUGCACCCAGUCGAGUUCGAAAUUAUGAAUUCAUUGAAACUAACUGUCAGUCAGAUUGCACAGGUUUCUUGGUCGACAUUGGAUUGGAUGUGCCGAUACUACCUACUAAUCAGAG